GCACGCACACACAUACACACAUACACACACACACAUACACAUACACACAUACACAUACACACACCCUCUUGGCCGGCCUCCGGAUCGGCUUCGCAUGGAGUGGUGCAACGGAUCUCACGCCGUGAGCCCCAUCCAUCAAGAGAUGUGAGAACCAAAUGGAGGGAAGGGAAUGGUGUGGCCGAGCUUGGGGCGCAUGUUUGCCAUGGCUGGCUACCCUUGGCUCUCCCACCCUGUUUGUGGGCGCCAACAUGACGACGAAGAACGUCGGCCCAGCCCAUCUCAUGAGCCCGUUUCAGCGGCCAAGAAGACGGGUCCUAUAUACUGUCACAAGCCAAGCCUGCUUUGAGUGGGUGGGAGGUUAUGACGGGGAUGGCUGGACGACGUGUCCCCUCCCCCCCCCCUCCGCGUCUGGCGGUGUGUCACCACAUUAGACGUUGUCGCGUAGCUUGCCCUUCCAGUCAACUAAGUUGUCCCCUCUCUGCCUGCUCAUCUCGUGAGUUCGGUUCAUACCUCCAAAGAUGGGGUCGCGUACUUCUGACGGCAUCUGGCCUCCUUGGCAGGUUGUCUUUAUUAGAUGAGAGGGGGUUCCCGCUCCUCUGCUCCGGGAGGAUUGGGGGAGUGUUUUCUCAUACGC